CGUGGCUUGUCACCAAUAGGGAAAAGGAGUCCGAUUUUCUUAGGAGUCGGAUUUUUAAUUGACACCGGCCGGCGACAUCAACUAGCAUUUGGCGGGAGGGAAUUUCGGCUCCCCAGAUGUAUAUGAGGAGUGAAUACACUAACUGUGAAUGUGACAAUGGUAUACACUGGACAGUAACCUUUAAACUGUCAUCGUGAACGGUGUUGCAGCAGUGAGACCACAGAUACCUACCUGUACAUGUAUCAUGAAAAGCUUUGUCGUCUUGAUUGAUUAAACAGUUGCAUUGUCAAGAAUACAAAACCUUCCAGCCAAUCGGCUAGUGUGUACCAACUAAUGUAUCUACUCCAAGAUACACACAUAUAGUCAGGACACCUAACCAUUUAGUGUUAAAGCCAGACACAGUAUCUGAGGCUAUCCAUAUGGAGCCCCGCACAACCCAUCCAGCAUCUCAGGAGGAUGAAGAGGCCUCAGAUGUGAUCCAUGCUCCUCACCACCGCCGUCGUAUGGUUCUAGACUCACUUGAUGAGGAGGAAGAAGCUCGACAUCCAAUAACGAUAGAUCUGACUAACUUGUUGCCUGGACAAGCAAGUGCAUCAAUUGUCAUGACAGGCCAGCUGGAACCACGGGUAGAUCAUCAAAGGAGAAGAGUAAUUGUUCCGCCAGAGUAUGACGAAGACACAGAGAGUGACAAUGAUAGUGACACAGUUGUCAUUGAAGAGAGUGACACAGACGAUGAGCCUAUGGAAGUUCAUGCUGUCGAUGGUGUAUCUGCGAUCUUUGCACCUGAAGCCUCGCAGCCUACUCCUGCACUUGCUGCAGCUCAAAUACAAGCCACCCAUAUCAUCGAACCAGUAAAUGCAGUACCAGAUCUUGUGACUUCUGAAAGUGCUCCUACACAAACACUCGAAAGGUCUGCCCCUGUGCCACAUACAGAACACACAUCUGUUUCUGCAAGUGGGUCUGCACCCACAGUUGGGCCUGUACAGAUGGCACCUGCAGCUGGAACUGCACAUGUGGCAACUGUAGCUGGCUCUGCACCGAUGGCACAUACAGCUGGAUCUGUGCAGAUGACACCUGCAGCUGGGUCUGCACAGGUGGUGCCUGCAGCUAGCUCUGCACAUGUGGAAUCUGCACACGUGGCACCUGCAGCUGGACCUACACAGGUGGCAAAUGAAUCACGGGCAUCAUUGUCCAGUGCAGCCCCCACACAUGAUUGUGCGAUUGACUUCAAAUCACCAAAGAAAACCACUCCAGCCUCAAAAAGUGCUGCAGCUGUUGAAAGUGAUGAAGAUUCACAAUCAUGUAUCAUUUGUUAUGAGCCGUGGACCAACUAUGGUGAACAUCGGCUUGCUUCUUUGAAGUGUGGACAUUUGUUUGGUCAUUGCUGCAUACUGAAAUGGCUGAAGGGUUUGUCAAACCAGAAGUGCCCACAGUGCAAUGCAAAAGCUAAGAAAACGGACAUACGUAUCAUCUACGCAAAGGCACUGCGAACCUUGGAUACAUCAGAGAGGGACAGGGCUCUGGAUCAACUUAAAAAAGAAAAGGAGGUAAGAAGGAAAGUAGAGAUUGACAUGGCGCAGGCCAACUUGCAGCUGCGGAUGGCCAUGCAGGAGAUGAACCGCUUAAAAGCACAGAUCAAUGCUCAACAAGACCAGCUUAGAAACGCAAGUAGUUCACAGCAAUCAUCUUCAAGUUCUGGCCAGUCAGUGACAUCUCUCAACAAAGCGACUGAGAUUGCCAGUGGACCACAUGGGCAGUACAUCCUGGACAAGACUAUACAGAUAUCACAGACUGGCAGUUGUCGUGUGAUAGGAUUUGACCAGUUUCACAGUGCUCUAGUAGUAUCCAUGCCAUCUCCCAAUCAGCUUUUCCCUGGCUUUGGGGUUAAAAAGGUGAGUGCAGUUGAUAUGCGAUGCACUCAGUAUGUACCCGUCCACUCAGCUAUGAUCAGAGCACUCACCUUCAAUGGACGAAACGACGGUCUUAUGUUGACUGCCUCAACAGACAAGACUAUUAAGAUGACCAGUCUUGUCAGCAAUGCAGUGGUACAAACGUAUAAGACAGAUGCACCUGUGUGGAGUUGUGCUUGGAACUCUACUGAUGUCAACUAUGUCUAUGCCGGCCUGCAGAAUGGUGCUAUCUUGGUUUACGACACCAGACAAGUGAAUAGUGAGGUGCACCGCUUGGCACUAGAUAACUCUCGAUGUCCUAUUGUGUCUCUGAACUAUGUACCGAGGGCUGCUGAUCAGUCUCUUGGAUGUGGGGGGCUUCUGAUGGCAUCCCUGGGGGGCAUGUCCUUCUGGGAGCAAACUUCCGACACUGAGUUCAAGCCUCACCUCCUCCAAUUGGAUGGGAAGUGUACCUCACUGAGCUUCCAUAAUAAGAGCAGACACUGUCUGGCCUCCUUCCGUCCAAAUCAGAAUCAUAACAGUACUAGACAUGUGAUGUGUGAGCUGAAGAAUGAGAAGAAUGCUGCAACAAUGACCAAUGAAGUUGUCUGCUACCCGCUUCAGACUUUCUAUGGUGGGCCAACUAUGAAGGUACUGACCCGGUCUACUCUCUACCAAAGCCCAGAACGGCCUGAUCAGCUCUAUGCCUGCUCAGGUGAUGAGGCCACAUCAUCCGCCUUAAUCUGGGAUACAACCAACGGAAACCAGAUUCAGAAGCUGACAGUGAAUGCAACAAUUCUUGAUGUCUGCCCUUUCCAGUUUAAUAGGCAGAGCUUCCUCGCUGCUUUGACCGAAAAGCAAGUCAAGCUAUACACCUGGCAGCCAAACAAAUGAAAAGUGCACAAAGCGCAUCACAUGUUCAUCACAUGACCAUUGUAUGGCUAUCGUUAGGGAGACCUAUUCAUCGCAAUGUCACAGAAUAGCGGUAGCCUCAUCAGCUCUUCUUCACCCAAGUGGAUCUUUCAUAUUGUGCUUCAUAUCUCUAAUGUGUGUGCUUUUGUGCCCUCUAAAUGAACACACACUCACAAUGGGCCUGUGAAACUAAAAUGCAAAAUCAAUAUUUACUGCUGCACGACAGUUUUUUCAAGUUCAUCUUUACUUUUAUUUCUUUGUUGUACCAAAUUAAGUUUUGUGUCAAAUAGAUUAGAUGUCAUUAAUGCCCCUUUAAUGUUGUUCUAUUUUUAUUUAACCCUAACUGCCCUGAAUCCUUCAAAAUCCUCUUUGCCAAAGUGGAGGAAUUUGGAGGAUUGAGGUUACAUGGCAAAAGUGCGUUACUGAUUU